AUGGAGGAUAGAAAGUCUUCCCUAGGUCAACUCAGUUUGAUUGACGAGAAGCUAGAUCAGUAUGGCCUGAAGCUAGCAGACAAUGGGCGCAGUGUGAUAUGGAAAUCGGACAACCCGCGUCAUCCGCGCAACUGGUCGACUGCGCGCAAGGUGUAUGAUGCUUUUUGGAUCUGUUAUAUCGAAUGCAGGACACGACAUGAAUACGGAAUCAGUGAGACGUUGGCUAUAUUUAUCUUUGUGUCGUUACAUUUGAUAGGACAAGGACUUGGAAGCAUCGUCUUCCCCCCAUACUCGGAGGUCUGUGGUCGGAAGAAUCUCUAUGUCAUCAGCACCGCGCUGUUUGGCAUAACUUGCGCCAUGGUUGCGAUUCCCUCGCCAGGAGGCGCAGUCAUCGGCCGUCUGCUCAGCGGCAUUCUGGGGGCAAUUCCAACAACCGUCGUGGCUGGGAGCAUUGAGGAUAUGUUCAAUUCCCGGUACAGGAUCUGGGUCAUCGCGGUGUGGACUGUGUCCUGGAAUAUUGGCUCCGCAUUGGGCCCGAUAUACAGCGACUAUAUCAUCGAGGCGUUGGACUGGCGCUGGAUCUUCUACGUCGCAGCCAUCAUCUCCGGCGCCUUCACCAUCAUGCUCCUCACCAUCCGCGAGUCCCGCCCCCCUCUCGUCCUCGAACGCGAGAUCCAAAAACUCCCACCCUCCAUCCGCGGAGAAGGCACAGACGCCCUCCAGAGCUUCAACCCCGACCAAGUCCCCGAUCUCACGACCUUCGUCGCCGUCUUUCUCAUGCGCCCUCUCCGGCUCCUCGCCACUGAGCCCAUCGUCUUCCUCGUCUCCAUCCUCGGCCCCAUCCCCUACGCCAUCACCUACCUCUUCAGCCAAUCCCUCCCUGACGUCUACGAAUCCCUCGGCUUCACAACAAACCAAGCACACCUGCCUCUCUUCGCAAUCUGCGUCGGCGUCCUCUUCAUCCUCCCAGCGAGAUGGUACAAUGACUACCGCGUCAGUAAACACACCCGUCUCAACCGUCCCAUCACCCCAGAACACCAACUCCUCGGCCUCAUCAUCGCCGCCCCAGUCCUCGCAGGUGGCAUGUGGCUCUUCUCGUGGACGAUCCCGCCCCUAGUCCCCGGCGUGCACUGGAUCGUCCCGACUAUCGGGCUUGUCUGCGUCGGUUACGCGGGCGGAGAGUUCCCGACGGUUCUAGCCGGGUAUUUGUCCGAUAGUUAUAGGGGGUAUUCGUCGAGUGCGUUUGCGGCGCUGGCGUUGGUACGGGUUCUCCUGGCGGCGACGUUUCCACUGUUCUCGCCUGAUAUGUUUGCGAAUCUGGGGCCGAAUGUCGCGGUUACGGUCCUGGCCGCCAUUGCCACGGUGUUUUGUGCGGUGCCGCCGUUGUUGAAGGCCUUUGGGGAGAGGAUCAGGGCGAGGAGUAGCUUUGCGAAGGAGAGUUUGGUUUUGUAUAGUAUGACGACGGUGGAUAAGGAGGGUUUCUGAGUCUAUGUUCGGG